UCGCAAGACACGAAUGCUACUAACGGACUCGAUCGCGUCUUCACCCCACCAGCAAGUGACAGCGGGAGCAGCGCCGCCCAUGCAAGUGGCACUGGAAAUGGCUCCAGUCAAGAGUCGCAGCUCUUACAGCUGUCGCAAAUCGCCGCUGCGCAGCAGAAGAUGACCGACUCAACUGGGCCGUCAAGGAAGAGAAUGGCGGAUGGCAUGGUAAAACACGCCAGGAACAGCUCGAGUAUAUCGCCUGUCCGUAUGCCCGGUCACUCGAGGAACACAAGCACUGUUAGCGUCACUUCUACGACUGGAAGUCGUAUUGGAGAGCUCUCUGCUGAGCUGAAGACCAAGCUGUCAUAUGCGAUGGUCAAAGUAAACCAUGGUUGGCAGGGUCACUCGAUUGACGAGGUCGAGUCCCUUGCUUCUCAAGCAGCUUCUCCUACGUCAAGUACCUCGACCCUGCACGGCCGACACGGAGCAUCUGCAAGUCCGAGUAUGCCCAUGACUGGAGCACUUCAAGGGACUGCCAGUGCGGGUGUCAGUCCUAUCACCCAACAGCCACCUCAGGGGCGUACCUACGAAUCUUUUUGGCGAGAGGGCAACGGCGGCGUGCCUCAUAAACCCGCCUCGCCUCCUGCUUCCCAUGUACCUACAUUAGCUCCACCAGCCGCGAUACAACCCCGACAGCAAGGGCAACUCAACGCACGCCGCAACUCUAACCCUAGAUAUGCACCAGUGUACCUCUCAAAUUCGCCUCACACGCCGGCCCAGCCGAGUCCUCUGCAGAGCACACCAGGAACAAGAACUGCGCGAACGCCAAACAUGGAUCCUAUACUCUUCUCACCACAUCAAAACGUCCGAGAACAAGAGGCUUUGGAAACUCUCAUGUUCAUGAGCAGUCCCAACAAUUCGGGGAAUCUGAAGCACAGUUUCCCGUCAUCACAACCCAGAAAUGGGAUAAGUAGCCAGAGGACCGCGCUGCCGACGUCGAGACUGAACCCGAGUACAGAGGGGCGCAAAGCCUUGCCUGCCGGGCGGGGGCAGACUCAGGCAUCACACAGCAAACGCGUGGGGUUCGAGAAGUCUCCCAGUACCAUGGGUGAUACGGAAGUAGAUGAUCCGUACGCCUCUCCACAAACCAGAGGCACGCCCCGCCGCAGAACAAACGGCAGCGGGCCGAGACCACCACUUUCUAUGCCAGCGGGCUUGAGCGGUAUGUCGCGAAGGAGAUCCACCCUCCGGGACGAUGAUAUAGAUCGCAUGCUCGACCGGGUGGCUGCAGAUGACAGCUCAGAUUCCGAAGGGGAGAUCACUCUCCCACGCGAUAGAAGGCGGGAGGGU